GUGGCGGCCCCGCGGCCGGAGCCCUGCGAGCGCAGCGGACUGGGUUAUGGGCAAGUCAGAAAGCCAGAUGGAUAUAACUGAAAUGAACGCUCCCAAGCCAAAGAAGGGGCGAUGGAGUGGCCUGGAGGUCGGGCUGGCCGUGGUGGCAGCGCUGUUGGCCAUCGUGGCCGUCACCAUGAUCGUCCUGUACGCCACCUACGACGAUGGGGUUUGCAAGACAGCAGACUGCAUAAAAUCAGCCGCCCGGAUCCUGGAGAACAUGGACCCCAGUGCCCAGCCCUGCGGGGACUUCUACCAGUUUGCCUGCGGGGGGUGGCUGCGCAGGAACGUCAUCCCCGAGACCAGCUCCCGUUAUAGCAACUUUGACAUUUUGAGAGACGAACUAGAGGUCGUUCUAAAAGAUGUCCUCGACACCCCCAGCACCAAGGACAUCCCUGCAGUGCAGAAGGCAAAAACUCUGUACAGGUCCUGCAUUAAUGAAACUGCCAUUGAUAGCAGAGGUGGAGGGCCUUUAAUCAGUUUAUUGCCAAAUGUGUCUGACUGGCCUGUAGCAUCAACUGACUGGGAGGCUUCCUAUGGUACUGCCUGGACAGCUGAGGCAGCUAUUGCACAGCUCAACUCCAGAUAUGGGAAAAAGGUCCUUAUUAAUUUUUUUGUGGGCACAGACGAUAAGAAUUCCACAGCAUACAUCAUCCAUAUUGAUCAGCCUGGCCUGGGCCUGCCUUCCCGGGACUACUACGAGUGCACUGGGGCAUACAAAGAGGCAUGUUCUGCCUAUGUUGAUUUCAUGAUUUCUGUAGCCAAACUAAUCCUACAAGAAAGAAACAUUUCUGUCAAUGAGGAUGAGAUUUCUCAGCAAAUGAAUACAGUCAUGGACCUGGAGAAAGAGAUUGCCAAUGCAACAACAAAAUCUGAAGACAGAAAUGAUCCGCUUUUGCUCUACAAUAAAAUGACGUUGGCACAACUCCAAAACAACUUCUCAUUGGAAAUCAAUAAUAAG